AUGGCGAAGUUCGUAUCGUCUGAUGACGGGAUUCAGGCAAAACCGCCGCAUACGGUGAGUCGAAAGUCAUCCGUUGCCGAUUUGCUCUCGAGACUAACUGCCAGUACUGCCGCCUCGCGGUCUAAGAAGCGAGAUAAAGGCGAGCCGCUCAGCCCGGGGGUGCAAUACGGAGAUACCCCUAUUGUAGGAGGUUCGCGCUCUGUCUCGCUUCCAACGCCCAAUUCGGCGGGCUCAUCGCAUUCAUUUUUUCACAGGCUCACAUUUGGGGGGACCAUAGACACACCCUCUAAAAAGCCCGUUAUUUCGAGGCCUAUACCCACGCCAAGUCCCACGUCUGAUGGACUCAAAGUUGCAAAAAUCCGCAGUUCGAACCGAAGCCCUAGCAAAGGCUUACAGACACCGUCAUCUAUCCGAGCGGGCUCCCCUAACUCCCCUAUAUCACAGACCAAAUCAUGGCGGCCCAAAGUUAGCCCAUCAUCCCCAAUGCAGCCCCCACAGCUCGUUGAAUCUAGCUCGAUGAGCUCUUCAAGAUCAUCUUCGUUCGAUAAGCCCCGCCCAGCGCCGCAACGACCACGUAAUGUAUCAGGACGAAGCUCAGCUUUGGGCAGACCAAACAAUCUUGCUAUUGCUAGAAGCUCCAGCCGGCUCCGAAAAGCCUCCGGAGGAAAUGCUGGCCCAAAGUCAAGUAAUGCAAAAGCCAGCAAAAGUGGAGUAGAAAACGGAACCGAGCUACAUGCUGGAUGCAAUGACAGAAUACAGGCACUGGAAACCCAACUUCAACAGGAACGUGCCAAACGACUCGAGCUCGAAGCCCAGCAAAGGCCAACCAGUGAGGUAUCGCCUAGAACUAGCGUGGUUGAUCACACCAGUCUGAAAAAGGAAUUGGAAGUUUUGAAAAAUGAGCUUGAUGCUUCUAAUCUUGAAAAACAGCGGGCUGUUGAGAGAUUAAGACAAAGUCUGUCAGAGCUCAACGACGCGUUCGAGGAUGCAGACACAUUGAGGGUGGCACGUAAUAAUCUUGAAUGGCAAGUCAAAGGGCUGCAAGUGAGUCAUAGGACACUUGAGCAGCAGUUGAAGAUCAGCCAACGUGAUACUCGAAAAUGUCGUCGCUCGCUCUCUUCACUUGAAAAUAAAGUCAAGGAGAUCCAGAUUCAGCUCGAGGAGAAAAAAUUAGAAAACGAUGAAUUGAGUCAGACUAUCGAGAGGAUCAUGAACGCAGCCCAGCAUUAUUGGCGUAAUGUCCCAGAUACCGCGAAUCACCCUUCUCCAGUUUUGACGGAAAGCCCGCCGGGCUCACCUCCACAUGACCCUGUUCACCCCGAUCUUAGUCCUGAUAUAAUCGAGCGUCAGAAAGGCAGCGAAUCGAAACAACUUGAAACAUGA